CAGGCGCAGUGCGGUUGCCAAGGUUAAAAUGCAAAAAAUCUGAGGACCGGAUUUAAUCUUUGGGUCGAUAUGAAACCCCUUAUAUCGUGUAAAAAGUAACUGAGAAGACCGAAGAGUGACUUUAACCGGUUCCGCACAGCUCAUUUUUGACACUGAUCCAGAGUUUCACCAUGUCAAGUGGAGUUUUGGGCCGUCUGAGUACGCUGACUUUGAGCAUACAGCAGCUGGGUCAGUUACCACACUUGUCGAACUGGUUGCCCCGUCUACCUUUACCUCAAGCCACUGUCCUCGCCUCUGAUGUGCCGAGCCUGUUUCGUGAACCUUACAUCUUGUCAGGCUAUCGUCCGGUGCAUCAGGAAUGGCGGAGCUACUUUUGUAGCCUGUUUCAAUGCCACAAUGAGUCGCUCAAUGUGUGGACACACCUGCUGGCAAUCCCUGCCAUUCUACUCCAGUUUUCUUUAUUUGCAGGGACAUGGGGGCUGACGCUCAAUGUGGCAUCUUUGCCUUUGUUUUUGUAUGUUUUGUCAUCACUUACCUACCUCAGUUUCAGCGUGGCCGCCCAUCUGCUGCAGUCGCACUCUGAGCUAUCCCAUUACUCCCUCUUUUUCGUAGACUACGUCGGUGUAGCUGUCUACCAGUAUGGCUGCUCACUAGGCCACUAUUUUUACUGUUCAGAGCCAGUAUGGAGGCACAGCCUAGUGGGUGUUGUGUUUCUGCCUGGUGCUGCGGUCCUGGCCUGGUUGUCUUGCACCAGUUGCUGCUACGCCAAAUUCCGUUACCGCCGUCCAUACCCACCCCGCCGGAAGAUCUGCCAGAUUAUUCCCACUAGCCUGGCGUACUUGCUCGACAUUAGCCCCGUCGCACACCGCCUGGUCACCAAAUCUUGGGACGAACCGGUGUUGGUGCUUCAUGCCCUGCAAGUGGUGUUUUUCAUGUUAGCAGCUCUGUUUUUCUCUUGCCCUGUUCCUGAGCGCUUCUUUCCAGGGAGAUGUGACAUUGUGGGCCACGGACAUCAGAUCUUUCAUAUCUUCCUGGCCAUGUGUACUAUGUGCCAGCUGGAAGCAAUGUUUAGAGACUUCCUGGUGCAUCGGGAGUCUGUUGUGGAUGUGCAUGGAGAACACUUUAUUAUGCUGGCUGGAGGAUCGUUCUUCUUGUUGGUGCUGUGCAGUGUUCUGACUGCAGUUCUUAUGAGGGGAGCGGUGCAAAGGCAACUGAAGAAAAAAGACUGAAAGCAAUUUUACAAAGCAUAUUUGCUUAGUUAUAUAUUGUAGUACCAAGAGGUAUUUAUUAAUAUAUUUUAGUGCAUUUAUUAUUAGAAUUGUAAUGGGAUGUCUUUUCUUUCUAUUUUUAUUUUAAAUGUCCCACAAUCUCAGAUCGCAGAUAUUAGUCUCAGGGAGGCAGCUUAUAUGUAUUAACUAAAAAAUGAUUUUACAAAUCAAAUCAAACUUAAACACUAAAUGGGUUUUUCCUACAAAUAAUUUCACCACUGAGGAUAAUCUACCACUUAGCUGACAUUCCUCUUGAGAUCCAGUACUGUAUGGUUUUGCAUAACUGGCCUGUUUACAUGAAACUGUUUUUUGAAGGCAAAAACAUUCAAACUAAGGAGUAAAGCUGGAUUUGGCCCAAAUUAGAAUGAGGGAGAUUUGGAGGGGUGAGGGAUAAGGGGAACAAAGAGGCUACUUUUAUUUUGCACUUAGCGUUGUCAGGCAACGGUGUUGUGGUGGAGGAAUGGAUCAACUCUUGUUUGCUUCUUGUUUAUAUUAUAGAACAUUCAAACAGAGUAUACAAACUGUCUUCCGAAAAUCGAAAUACCAUCUGAAAUAGCACCAGAAAUGUCCUGCCUAAAUACUUUGCUGUCAGGGUGUGUUGUUAUAUACUGUGGAGUCCAACAGUCUAGGUAAAUCUGGUAGUGAAAAUCUGAUUUAAACCUAGAAAAAAUAAAGUUUAAGAAUUAAAAAAUAAAUUAGAGCAGCAAAACACCAAAACAUAAAAUAUGACACUGAUAAAAUUUAAUUAAAAAGGUUUUUGAACAAGGUUUUUAUACGUAACAGUAAGGUUACUCUUCUGCUCACCAAGCCUGCAUUAUUUAAUCCAAAGUACAGCACAAACAGAAAAAUUCUGAAAUAUUUUUACUAUUUGAAAAGACUGUUUUCUAUUUAAAUAUAUUUUAAAAUUUAAUUUAUUCCUGUAAUUUCAAAGCUGAAUUUUAGCAUCAUUACUCCAGUCACAUGAUCAUUCAGAAAUCAUUCUAAUAUUCUGAUUUGCUGUUUAAAAAACAUUUAUUAUUAUGCUGAAAACAGCUGAGCAGAUUUUUUUUCAGGUGAAUAAUAUAUUCUUUGAUGAAUAGAAUGUUCAGAAGAACAGAAUUUAUCUGAAAUAAAUAAAAUAACUAUAGUGACUCCAAGAUUUUGAAUGGUGUAUAAUGUAACAAAAGCUUUUUAUUUCAGAUAAAUGCUGAUCUUUGGAUCUUUCUAUUCAUCAAAGAAUCCUGAAAUAAUAAUAUUAAUAAUAAUAAAUGAUUCUUGAACAGCAAAUCAGCAUAUUAGAAUGAUUUCUGAAGGAUCAUGUGACACUCUGAAGACUGGAGUAAUGAUGAUGAAAAUUUAGCUUUGAUCACAGGAAUAAAUUGCAUUUUAAAAUAUAUUCAAAUAGAAUAUAGCAGUUAUUUGAAAUAGUAAAAAUAUUUGAUGAGCAGAAGAGAAUUCUUUAAAAAACUAAAAAUCUUACUGUUCAAAGACUUUUGACUGGUAGACUGCACUGUUAUUCUCCUGAACAAAUGAGCUUUUGAAAUAUAUUUUCCUUUUUCCCCCUUUUGAUGUAUAAUGUACUUUAUUGAUGUCAUAACAAUCAUUUCUACCUCAGUUUAACCCUGGUGCUUAAACACAAAAUGUGCAUUAGAUACUGUUUUGUACUUUAAAAAAUGUUUACAUUAAAAUCCAAGUAAUAAAUCUUUGGUGAGUUUGGUGAUUUUAGUUAAGAAAGUUCAA